CUCAUUUGCUUUGUGUUCAUUCCCAUUCUUACAAUCACAUCAGGUUUGAUUGCACGAUAUUCCCUCUCAAAAACAACAACGAGCUAUUUCCUCUCUGUUCAGUAGAAUCAUCGUCCCUACCAAGUGUUUGUGAAAAUGCCAAACAGAAACCCCACCGUCGUGUACCCACCUGGCGCCCCACGAAGAUCACCGAGACUCGUCCUCCUCCAUGAAAACAACAACCCCACAACCCCAAAACCCAAUUCCACUAACAAAUCUUCAACCCAGUCAAGAUCCAAAACCGUUAGGGUAAGAAAAUCACCCAAUUUGAGCCAUGAAGUUCCGUCACGUAGACGAUCUCCUAGAUUCUCCAACAAAAAUGAUGUUAAAGUGAGUGAAUUUGGUUCCUGUGAUGAGGGAGUUGUGGUUGAAGGUGGUAGAAAAAGGAGAAGAAAGCGUGGUGGCCAUGGAAUUGAGGAAGGGGGGAAGAAGGAAGAGAUUGAAGGUGGAGAAGAAGAAGGGAAAAGGAAGCACGAUGGUUGUGAAAUAGUGGAAGACUUGAGGAAGGAAGAAGUUGAAUGUGGUGUGAAAAGGAAGAGAAAGCGCGUUGGUGGUGAAGUUGCAGAAGGGUGGACUAAGGAACAAGAAUUGGCUCUGCGAACGGCUUAUUUUACUGCAAAGCCUAGUCCACAUUUCUGGAAGAACGUUUCAAAACUGGUACCUGGGAAGUCUAAACAAGAUUGCUUCGAUAGAGUUCACCACGACUUCCACACACCACCUCAAUGUCAGCCUCGAUCAAGGGCAAAGGCAAUUGACUCAUCACCCCUUCAUCGAUUCUCAAUAUCUGCAAGUAAACUGCUCAUACCUACUGGAAAGAAGGCCGGCAAAUCAAAUAUUCUCAAACCAAAGAGCAUCGUAGCUCAGAAGUCUAUUGAGAAUCUGCUACAGCGCCAUCUUAAAGUUGAUCAAAAUCAUAAAGGGGACAUAUUUUCUGUUCUUGAACCCAACAUUGAUUUUUCUACUAAUGCUAUUCUGCCUAGUGAAGAACUUUGUACUCCCAAGCAACAAAAGGAAAAUCAAGGGUUCCUACAAAUUUGCAAUGAGAGAUCGUCAUCAUCUUCAAUUCAUAAGAAGUCUCUUUCUAGAUUUAGUGGCUCAUCAGGUGUUAAAGAUCUUGCUAGUCCACCUGUGCUAAAGCAAGUAAAGAACAAGGUGCAACAUGAAAAAUAUGUCAAUCAAUUAAGAUUUAGGGACCUUAGGAGAAGAGCAGCAUCUACAUGGACAAACAAAUCUGUAGCUGGAGAAGGAAAAGGCAUUCGGAAAACUGAUGUUGUUAAAGCUGCAAAAGUUGCAUUGGUUUCUGAAGCUAGAGAUGCUAUCAAUAAAUUUCAGCAAUCCCAAAUCAAUUUCAUGGGCGACACUUGUAGUUCUGACGACGACAAUGACGAUGACAUUGGAGUUGAAGGUGAAAGCCCAUAGGCUCUUCUCGAGCUAAUUGACUGAAACUUGUUGAAGAAUUGCAUGUACAGUUUCUUUUGAAGUUUUAGGCAUUGUAGCUAGUCAAAAUCUAGUUUUUGGAAAUCCCAAGUUUUGUAGAUGUAGCAUUACUUGUAGUAGUUAAUAAAAAGAAGCAAUCCGCUUUUUUGUUGUUCCAAACUUCCAUUGUAAUACGGCAAUGAGAAUUUUUUA